AUGUGGAUUGUAAGGCCAGAGAUUGGAGGGAAUGGGAAGCAAGUGGAAUCGGUUAUCCAUCUCGAUACCAUCGUGUGCACCGCACAUUUAAUCGGGGUAUAUGGGCAGAGUUUCAUACCUCGGAAUUUUAGCCAUACUUACACACUUUUCGCAUUCACCUCGUACUAUGUCAACAAGUUUGUGGACCAUCAUACUAAUGCACUUAUACCUUGA